UGGUAUAACUGUUGACAUUCAACGAUUAGCGAGCAGUUAUACGUCUGAACGUGUUGGUUAACAGUCGAUAGCUUACGCAGAGGUAUAUUGAUAUAACGCAGUAUGGUAAAGAAAGACAUAACGAAACACCUUACAAAUAUAUGAACGAACGAGUUACCUCCUCUUUCUCCUCAGUCACCGAUUUACCCAACAAAGAUGCAUUAUCAACCACAAAUAUCAACGAUAAGUCCCACGGCACCGCCAUCGUACUCUGAAGCGGUGAGCCAACCGUCUACUUCAAAAAAUAGUUUUCCUCUUCCUCCGUUCGGCCAACAGUCCUACGGUACAAACGUAAAUGUACAGCAGGGAACGUUGGGACAGUAUCCACCAACAAUUCCAAAUAAUUAUUUGGAAUACAAUUCGCCUCAAUCGCCUUACAAUCCUCUAUAUGUACCAAUAGAAACGAAUCAAGUGCAAUCAGUACCACAGUCCUGCGUUGUAACCACUGCAGUCGUAGCUCGUAAAGAUAAAAAUGCUACGUAAAAUGGACGAAACGUCGUGUACAGGAAUGAAAAGAUGGAAUGAGAAAAGGGAAGAUGUGGUAUAUCGUUCACUUUUAUUAUUGAAGCAAUAAAACCUUGGUAAACGAGUAAUAAUUUCGAAGUUGAGCGCCGUUCAGUUUCAGAAGCACUUUUGGCGCCUCUGAGAGAGAAGCUUCUCACACGAAACAUCUAACUCGACGUCACCAUCGUGCCAAUAAGCUUAAGACUACUGAAAUCCUCUUGGAAUAUGGAUCGGUCUUACAGUUUCAGAUAUUUCAGUAUUAUAAAAUAUAGCGACACGUGUCUUAUGGAAAAAUAUGAAAAUCAUAUUUUAUAUUUACUUAUUGUCCCUAUAUAAUUUUAUAAUAAAUGAAUAUAUCUAUACGAUUGAUAUUCUUAGAAAUAUCAGAUGUAUCGUUAGAUACGUGUUUUAAAAAAUGUUAAAUGUAUUAUUGAACGAUUACGAUGAUGAUAAACGUAUAUCGAAAGUUUUGCUUUGUUCUACGUACAAAUUUGUUUUAAUUCGAUUUGGUUAUAUAUAAAAUAUGGUAAUAUAUGAAAUAAACAGCAUUAACAGUCAAUCACGUUGUUUUACGAUAUGAAAUAUAGUAGAUACAAGAACAUGGUUAGCUAACCAAUGACAGUGGCAUAUCUAUGAAAGACCGAACGAAUUCACCAACGGAUAUUCGAUCGGACAUUGACGCUAACGAGAUUUUCUCUCGUCGACUUCGAGGUGAGUACGCCUUGAAAAAUAGAUACCGAUAGAGUUGCAUUUUCGCAUUUUCACGAGGAAAUCCGGUGACGAGGGAAAUCAAAUCUUUCGUUCAGACGAAAGAGAUUCCACGACCCCUAUCCCUAUCCCUUCUGUCGGUUGGUUUUGCGGAAAGAAAAUCAAAUUUUGGAGUAAAUAAUAAUAAAACAUUAUUACGUUCGAAUACUGUACAAUUCUUUGAACUCUUGUGUCACGGUAUAUAUAUCUAAUUCGAUUAUAUCUUUUAGGAUGACUAUCUGUAACAAUUUUUUUUUUAUUACGACGUGUUAUAUUUUCUUUAGAAUAGACUGUGUGAAACGAUAUGUGUAUUUUUUAUGGUACAGAAUAAAAAAUAUACUAAAACGCAAGGGAAUGCUUAGCAAACGCAUGAAAAAAUAAAAAAUAAAAUAACAUAAAAUAAAGUGAAAUAAAUAAAAAAUAAAGAAUGUAAAUUUUUAUCGUAAACAAAUAAUACAAUAUAUAAAAUAAAAUUGUUUUUAUGAACUGAAUA